GCGAUUUUGUUUUUGUUAUGUCACGUGUUCCCGUUUGUUUUUGUGCGUUUUUUUCAAGUUUUCUCAAAAAAUCAAAAGAAAAGAAAUAAGAAGAGACUUGUUCCAGAGCUCCAAGAAAUGUUUGUGAUGUUUGAAGACAACCUUUUCCAGCAUUUCACACCGCGAUUGAAAUCUUGCGGAAAUGUGUGCACAGUCCUGUCGGUGAUUCUGUGUUUUCUCACACUUUUAACGCUUCUGGCGAUAUUUGCGGUCGAUUUGACCCAAAAAGUCCACGUCGUUUACAUCGAUGGAGCGGCCCCCAGACACGUCACCAACGAUAAAUUCCUCAGUGUGGCCCUUGACGCCUCAUUAAUCGCAAACGGAUUCAAACAUCUCGAUUUAAAAAAUCCAAAAAUUGUAAAAAUGAUGAAAGCCCUCGCCCCUGCGUARUUGCGAAUUGGGGGCACAAUGGCCGACAGACUCAUCUUCUCCACAACCGAAMCAAUGCAUUUCAAACACUCGAAUGGCAAAAUUGAUGGGGGCGAAUGUGCAUAUGAGGGGAAAUWCUGCGAGGCUUUAGAWAGGCCUAACUUUACGAUGAACUCACACGAGUGGCUCCAAUUAAAUGAGUUGGCUCGAAAGACAAACCUUGAAAUUAUUUUUGAUUUAAAUUCUUUGCGGCGCUUUGAUGACGGGGCUUGGGACUACACAAACGCUGAGACGCUGAUCCGGUUUUCGAGCCAACAUGAUCUUCACGUAAACUGGGAGUUGGGGAAUGAACCCAAUGCUUAUCGCCACCAAUUCGAUUACGAAGUCCACCCAACUCAAUUAGCCCACGAUUUUCACACUCUUCGAAACAUUCUACUCAAAUAUCCAAAAUACAAAAAAUCGCUUCUUGUGGGGCCUGAUGUCACCCGUCCGAGAGUUAACCACAAUCAAAGUUGUGUUUAUUUGAGUCAAUUUUUGGAAACAGGGAUUGGGGUGAUUGAUGCAGUGACAUGGCAUCAAUAUUAUUUUAAUGGUGCUACUGCAAGAGUUGGUGAUUUUCUUGAUGUGAGAAAUUUCGAUUUGCUUCAAUCGCAAAUCAACACUAUCAAAGAUAUUGUUUAUAAAGAAGGGAAGAAAGCGAUUUGGUUAGGGGAGACUUCGUCGGCUUAUGGUGGUGGGGCCCCUCAUUUAUCCAAUCGUUUCAUUGCGACUUUUCUCUGGUUGGAUAAACUGGGUUUGGGGGCUAAAAACGGCCUGGAUUUGGUUAUAAGACAGUCGAUUUAUGGGGGGAACUAUGCUUUAAUUAACUUUUAUUAUAAUCCCUCUCCUGAUUGGUGGGUGAGUGUUUUGUAUAAGAGACUUGUGGCCCCAAAAGUGGUUGAUUGUCAUUUGGGGGAGUCGAAAAGGGUUCGAUUYUAUUGUCAAUGCACACCGUUUAAGAGUUAUUUUGGUAAAACUCCUUCAGUUACCGUUUUCGGUCUGAAUUUACACAAUCGUAAAGCUAAAAUUCGUUUCGAGGGAAUUACCCCUGUGAAGGAUUUGCAAGUCAAUGCUUAUGUUUUAACAACGUUGGAAAGAAUCGAUUCAAGAUUUAUUUUUCUGAAUAAUCGUUUGCUGAAAUUGACUGAAACUAAUGAUGUGCCAAAUCUACUUCCAAUCACAAUUCCAGCUGAGCCUUAUGUCGAAAUGCCGCCAUUUUCGUUGGCAUUUUGGGUGGUUCCCAUAACCAAUAAUGUGCUUCCUUUUUGUUAAUUUUUGUAUUUAUUGUCCCUCUGUCCUCUAGAUUUUUACCACGAGCAAUUUGCGGAAAGAGUGGAACCCGAACGUGAAGAACCGACCACCGGCUUGACCAUCCACGACAUCCUCCCCGAGGACCCCAAGAAGUACGACAAAAUGCGCCCUCCGAAGAAGGACGGCCAACCCACCAAAGUCUACUUCCACGUCACUGUCAUGGGGUUGGACAGCAUCGACGAGGGGUCGAUGACAUAUGCGGCUGAUAUUUUUUUCGCCCAGACUUGGAAAGACCACCGAUUGCGCUUACCCGAAAAUAUGACCUCCGAGUAUCGAUUGUUGGAAGUUGAUUGGUUGAAAAACAUGUGGAGGCCUGAUUCGUUUUUCAAAAACGCCAAAAGUGUCACGUUUCAGACCAUGACCAUACCGAACCACUACAUGUGGUUGUAUAAAGACAAAACCAUCCUGUAUAUGGUCAAGCUCACAUUACGGCUUUCAUGCGCGAUGAAUUUCAUGAUUUARCCUCACGAUACUCAAGAGUGUAAAUUGCAGAUGGAGAGUCUGUCACACACCACCGACGAUAUGAUUUUUCAAUGGGACCCUGACGUCCCAUUGGUCGUGGAUGAAAAUAUCGAAUUACCCCAAUUGGCUUUAGUCCACAAUCACACCGCUGAUUGCACUCAAGUCUACUCAACAGGAAAUUUCACCUGUCUUGAAGUCGUUUUUGAGUUAAAACGCCGUUUAGGCUACUACCUCUUCCACACAUACAUCCCAACUUGCCUCAUCGUAAUCAUGUCUUGGGUCUCCUUCUGGAUCAAACCGGAAGCAGCCCCAGCUCGUGUGACCCUAGGAGUCACCUCUUUGCUAACCCUCUCGACCCAACACGCCAAAAGUCAAGCCUCCCUUCCCCCGGUUUCUUACCUGAAAGCCGUGGACGCAUUUAUGUCAGUUUGCACGAUAUUCGUAUUCAUGGCCCUUAUGGAAUACUGUUUGGUCAAUAUUGUCCUGGGCGACUCAGACCUACCCAAACCGCCCCAACCCAAGAAACCUGAAACGGCUUUCGACAUGGCAGCGAAAGAAAACUCGUUUCUGUUAAGCGGCCCUCAAAAAAACCCAGCGGUCACUCCGGCCCAAAGGGCCAGAAAUAGGGCCAUCAACAUUGAUAGGUUUAGUCGGGUUUUUUUCCCUCUACUCUUCACUGUCCUCAAUGGGACGUACUGGAUUAUGUUCGCUGAGUAUAUUUAGAUUAAUUGCAGUUAAUGCCUAGUUGUGUAGACUAAUUACGCUAAAUACACGGUGACUCAACAAAUUUGCGGUUUUUAUGACCAAAUUUCAGCCACUUGGGGGUUAAAUACAUUUUGAUUACACUGAAUUAAAAAUGAAUUG